ACCUUCGGGAGUCUUCGCAGUUUCCGGACUUGCCGGCUCUGCCCCGCGGCUUCCCUCUGUCGCAUCUCGUUUGGUGCCCCCUGUUGCAUCCUCAGCGAACAAAUAUGUGCACGUCUUGUCCUCACUUCCGGAGCGUGGACCACUCAUCUCCUCACGGACUCGGGCCAAGACUACCACUGCUUCCGGUGGUACCGUCACCGGCCCAGCUUACUUCGGACGUCAACCGCGGGCUACCAUCGUUCCUCGAACGCCGUCGCCUGUCCGUCGCUCUAACAGGUUUCGUACAAAAACCAAGACCACCCGGGUCACCGCGCAUUCGCCGCGUCCAUCCGCGACGCUCGCGUCGGCAUCUUCGUCGACUGUUUCCGCGCCACCGGCACCUUCGUCAUCAUCACCGUCUUCAGCGUGCUCUGUUUCGCCGGUUUCGCCUUCUUCACAGGUGUCACCCACGUUUUCGUCUACCGUGGCGCCGUCGUCGCGCGUGGAGGUUGCGGCGGGUUGCACACGACCGACGACAACGUCACUCUUCUCGUGCACAAAUCAGCGCCGUCGCCGGUUGGACGCUCUGGGGGUAGGACCACUCGCUUGCCGAAUACUGGAGUCCCUCGUGUAUACGUGCCGAUGCUCAUGCGUCCGUGGGUUUUGCGUGCUUGCCAUACCCACGCGUUCUUCCAUUUGGGUGUUCACCGUACACAGCGGCUGCUCGAACGUUUUUACUGGUGGAUUGGUGUGGAUCGCUCCGUGCGCUGGUGGCUCCGAUCGUGUCUGGUGUGUCAAGCCCGCAAGACUUCACGCCAAACUGCUCGGUGGCCCAUCAUCGCUAUGCCGCUGCCGCAAGGGCCUGGAACUGUCGUCGGCGUCGACUUCUUUGGGCCUCUGCCAUUGACUGCCAAGGGCAACUCUUACAUCUUGCUGUUCACCGACCGCUUCAGCCGGAGAGCCGACAUGUUCGCUGUCACAGCCGCUGAAUUUACGGCCAAGGGAACGGCCAACAUCUUCGUCAACCAGUACAUAACCAAGUNA